GUCCGUCAAGCAAGAAAACCGAUUCGCGAACUCGCGCUGUUGUUUCGCCCGUCGACCAGAGUCACGUCGCAGUUGUUGUUCAGUCAGUCCGUUCAGUCAGUCAGCCGCAGCAGAGUCGAGUCGCAUUUCCAAGACGUCAAAAAUCGAGUCGAAAGGUCGCUUGAAGUGAAACUUCUUUAUUCGCGGAACAGCAGAACAAGAAGUGUGUGCCAGUGCACAGUGCAGUGUGUGAAUUGUAGCCAGCGAAAGACCAUAGUCGUCGUGUAUUAAAGAAAAUUGCAUCCCAAGUAGGAAUCAUCCGGAACCCCCCGCUCUCAAACGAUGGCUAGUGAAAAACUGGUCCCGGACGCCACCGGUGCUGCCGGCGAGGAGGAACAGGUCGGAUUCAUGACCAGCGUCAUGAACGAGAUCCUGCACAGCCCGCUGAACCUGCUGCUGGUGCUGAUCAUCACCGUUUUGGUGUAUAAAAUCUUCCGCAGCCAGAAGCAACCGGCGGCUGGACCGCCGCCGGAACCGGAACUGCCCCGCCUGCGGAGGGACUUUACGGUGGCCGAGCUGCUGCAGUACGACGGCAAACAACCGGACGGGCGGGUACUUGUUGCCGUCAAUGGCAGCGUGUAUGAUGUAACCAAGGGAAAGCGCUUCUACGGACCCGGUGGACCGUACGCAGCCUUCGGUGGUCGCGAUGCUUCCCGUGGUCUGGCCACAUUCAGCGUAACCAGCAGCGACAAGCCCGAGUACGAUGACCUGAGCGAUUUGUCCCCGAUGGAGAUGGAAUCGGUAUUGGAAUGGGAAGCUCAGUUCAAGGAAAAGUACAUCCUCGUCGGUCGUCUGCUGAAGCCCGGCGAGCAACCAACCAACUACUCCGACGAGGACGAGGACACCCCGAACGAAUCGACUCCCACCGGGGAUAGCAGUAGCACCAAGAGCACGUCGGAUGCGAAACCAGCAGCCGCUCCGUCUUCGCCGAAGAAGACGACGACAGAGGGCCCCUUUGAGCCCACUUCCAAGGCGGAAGAUUUGAAAUCCGGUGGCGAUACGAGCGCCUCGAAGGAGUGACGCCCCUACCCAAGCGGAAGCGGUAGUAGUAGCAGUAAGAGCGACGAAAACGGCGGCAGCAGCAGCGGUAACACCACUAGAAGAGGUAAUCACCACAACCAGAGUACUAGAUUAGAAGACGAAGGGCACGAGGGAAAAGUAGGCGACGGCGACGCUGCUGACGAUGAAGAUGGAGCACGCAGUAGGCCAUUCGAUCAGCAUAGCAUUUGCGAUAUGUUUGGAUUUUAACGAAGCGAUCGAGGGUUAGCCUUGGAAGGAGCAGGGUUUGUUUUACACAACACGCAAAAGCUGCCUCGGUAAUAUGAUUCUUCGGAUACACACACACGGCCGGCCGGCACAUAUUCUAGAGACAAUUGUGACUAAUUAGCUGUUUUAUAUUCGGUGUGCAUGUUUGUAUCUACCUAGGGAUGUUCAAUUUUUCGGUUUAUUAAAAUGGUGUCCAAAAUGAACGGGUGACUUUCUUGCCAUUUUUCCAUUACCGCACACUUUUUCAGUGAUUCUUUGAGUUCAAAAUUUCAAACGUUGGACAGUUUUUUUUUCUACCAGAAAUCUGCAAAACUUUAAUUUAGAAAAGUUUUACUCAAGAUUUCGUUAAAAUUUUCUUAGUGUGUACGCGACUGAUCGAAAUCGUCGUUGCGAUUUCGAAUGAGGUUUCAGCAAACUUUUGUCCCAAACAAAGUACAUGCAUUUCCUCCGUCCAUGGUUUGAAUUACUAUUUAGUUCAGAUUCACUUUUGACCUGCGUUUUUACCCUCCUCUGUAGGUAACAUGGACAUGGUGUACUUUUUGGAUACUUGGGGUCAAUGAAUGAAACAUUGUCAUAAAAAUUUUAUCAAUUGAAAAGCUAUGUCUCCAGCAAAUUAAGUCGACCCCAGGUAUCCAAAUAGGGCAUUAUGUUGUUCCAGUUCCAUUCCAAAUCGUUAUUCCAGAAAAAAAAUACAAACAUUCAAAGUACUUAGCACAUUUUGGCCGAAGGCUCUGAUAAAACUAAAUCCUAACCUCGAUUCGGAUAUGCUCGCUCUCGCUGCCGGAAUGUUGCGGCGCCAUUUCAUCGGACUGUCCUCUGCCGUACACAUCUUUCUCUGAACCAAAAACAGCAGAAUGUUAGAACUCUUCACAACAAGACACCCCUGGCGGGUUUAUUGAGGUUUUAACGACCAGAGCUUUAAAACCUUAAAGCUUUGGUUUUAAAACCUCGAUAAAGCCAGAAGUCCAAAGGAACAUUUCAAGUCCAAAUAGUUAUGCGAAGGUUGUCUAGAGAACCUUGAUAAAACCAAAUCUUUUUCGUGUUGGUUUUACGAUGGUUCUAAGGGCCUCCGGAUGCCUAUUUGACUUAGAAAUGUUAUCUGGAGUGCUAGUUUGGAAAACCUCUUAUAAUAAACAUAAAUAUUUGAUAAACGAAACAAUUACGGUGUCUUGGUAUCGCUAAAGAGUAAAUGGUCGUAGUUAAAGCAACAACAAAAAAAACUAAAGCUAAACACACAUUGUUUAUGUAAGUGGGGAUCUAGAUAUUAUAAAUCAUGUUCGUUAUGUGGAAUGUGAAACAACAAAAUAACCUAGAGAAACAUAUGAGAAAGAUGACUUCUAUUUACAAAGAAAAAAAGAAACAAACAAACAUAACCUUUAACUCACAAAACAAAACAAACAACCACAACACUUAACGAUGUGAUCAUAAGUCGAUCACAGCGCCCUCUGAAAGUCACUGAAACGACGCGUUUUUUUUCUAUUGUCAGUUUCGUUUCCGAAACUUCCGUUUCCAACUUCGAGGCAGUUCCAAAAAAAUUUCCAUGCAAUCUUUUUUAUAAGCUGAAAAUUUUUUUUUUUUUUUUUUUUUGUUUUUAUUAAUGUGUAUUUUAACAUGAAGCUAAUUCUACACUUCACCAGCUGAAAAUUUAACCAAAUAUAAGAAAAAAGGAAGUAAAACCGUUAAACUUCAUAUAUCUUCGUUGCUUGGUUGGUCUAGUACUAUUAAUAUCGAAUAGCUGCUAAGUUACUUUUUUAAAUCUUAGAUUUUUGUAAUUCAACGUCUUUUAUUGAAGAAAGAGAGAUAAGGUUUAUUAAAACAAAUAUAUAUUAGCUUUUUUACGGCAGCAGCAACGCUUCUAACACGUCGCAAGAUUGGGAACCGCCACCACCCACUACGGAAAGCGCAUGGCGUCAGACGAUUGGGUGUAACCCAUCCUUUCUCUGUUACUGUGUUUGUCUGUGUGGGGUGGAGAAAGCAGGUCGUAAGUCGUAGGAAAACAAAACAGAAUGUGUUGGGAUUACUGAGUAAGGCAGGCAUGCACGGAAAUAAAUUCGUAUGCAACUACAUUAUAAAGUAAGUUUAGACAAAACGA